AUGAACGAUCCCGCCAUGCCUAGCCAUGCUCAGGGCUCUGCCCUCCCCUCGAGCGCUUCGGCCGCUGGCCCUUGGCGCUCGGCGACGGAUCAUGACGUGCACGCCGACAAUCGCGACGAAAACAUCUUUGGCUGGAUCCAACCGGACGAGUGGGAUACCGUCGCCGGACCCAACAAGUCCAACUUCAUGCGCGGAGACUGCGUCGAAUGUACCACCGACAAAGACACCGCCAAUGUUCCCUCUCUCCCGCAGAGCUGCGGUGGAGCAAGCUGCGGCUACGGCGCACAGUGUUGCGAAUACAGUCGACGUGCCACCCACACCCACGGUCCAUCCGACCGCACUCCUGCCCUGCUCCUCCAGCGUCCUCGUGCCACCUCCACCACCAACAAGAUCGCCGACCUCGCCAAGAUCGAACAUAAAAGCAGUCUGGGUGUCAGUCUUGUCGACAUCAUCCACGGCCGCAGUUGCCGUCCCAUCAGCCUGCUUGAUCUACGCACCUUCCUUCACUUCCAGCGUCAGCCACAAAAGCGCCUUCCCGCCUACUACCCUGCCUCCGACAUGCAGUCCUCGGCACUCGACGACUUUGAUCUCAACUUCGACCAGCCCUCUGCUUCCCCUACACACUUGUUCAAACACAAGCUCAAUGCGCGCCGACUCCACUUUGACGAAGUAGACGCGCUCGACUUCCUCGUCGCCUACGAGCGCUACGUGACCAAGUUCCGCGAUCAGCCACGCGCGCACCGCCUCCAGAGUCCCGACCCCGCCACUUGCAAAGCAGCGCUGCGUGCUUAUGUCCGUCGUCAGUGCAAGCCUCGCGUCUCGUCCGACCUCACCGUCGCGCAGAUGCUCAUGCAAGAAGCACCCACCCCCGACGAUGACGUUGACGACAUCUCCGAACAGGCCUCGCGCGAGGUGCUCGCGCGACUGCGGCCAACGGACCUCGGCCUCAAGCCCGACCAGCAACCGUUGCGUGUCGAGUUUGAUCGUCUCGUGCAUCGUUAUCUCUGCUCGCGCCGCGUGUGCAUCCUGCCCAGCAAUCGCAGGUUACGGCGCAAGCGCGACUCGUCUUCGUCGUCCGACACGGCCGCGGGCGGCUCCGAAUCGCCUUACAAGCAGCUUGGCUCGUCGAGCGCCGAAAGGAUGCCGCGGCUGCGCUGGAUGGUCGAUGUCGGCCUCAUUUCCGAGAGUGACCUGCAGCUCUGCCUGGCCGAAUGCGACUUUUCCACGCACCCGGACGUGCUCGCGCCCAUCGCAGAGGCCGUGUACGCCUACAUGUCGCAGCACGUCGUCCCGUUCUUCUUCAUCUCGGUGGCGCGCAACCUCAGCCCCAACACCAAGCGCGGCCGUCUGUUGGUGGGCGUUGCAUGCACUACCAUCGCUCUCAUCUUCUCGAUCCUGCUCAUCAUCUCGCCAUCGCCUCUUGCACCGCACGCCAACCACGGCACGGGCAACAUUCCGCGAUGGUGGCGUUUGCUCACCGCUCCCGUCUGGUGCGCCGGCCUGGGCUACAUCCUGGCCUACUUUACGGGCCUCUGCGUGUGGCUCACGCUUCGUGGCAAUCGCGAACCCGACGAGGAGGAGGAGCGCGAACGCGAGGAGAUCCGAUCGCGCAUCUCGGGCGAAGACGUGGUGGGCUUUGACCUCGCCGAGCUUCAGGCAACCGCCGACGAGAGGGACAUGGAGGUGGAGCAGGACACCAACCGAUGGAUGGCGCCCGAGAUCGCCGACAUCCUCACCGGCUUCACGGGACAGAAGAAGGACAAGCGCAAACGUCAGCGUUCGAGCUCGGAUGCACUCCGUCUGGACGCGCUGGAAGAAGGUCACCUUCGGGUCAAAUCCGAGGCCACCGAUGUGGUGCCGUCGAGCAAAGUUUCGUUCGAGUACUCGCUGACGGCCGAGAAGCCGUCGGAUGCCUCCGAGGGCGCGAUGACAUCCUUCGCGGACAAGGCUUCGGCGCUGGCAGCCCCGGCCGCGGUCAUCAUGAACACGCCUCGACGUCCAUCCAUGAUGCCAGUCAUGUCCGAGACAAACCUGGCGGGCCGACCCUCGACGACGCUGUCGGCUCGUGACGUGAGCGCGGCCAACUCGGUGCGACCGAGCUUGGAACGCUCUGGACACUCGCAGAGCGACGUGCGCCCGGCCGACGCCCGCGGUGCUGUCAACGGCGACAGCCCUUCGGGACCGGCGCUGUUGCGACAGAAGCGUGUGCCUCUGCUCAAUCUGUCGAUCGGCUUUGUCAAAUCUCCCGGCCAUGAGCGCGGCGAGGACCAGGCCGAUGUGCCCGUGCUGACGCGCGAUGCGCUGCUCUUCGAUCCCGAGCUCGCCGCACGCGUGACGACGCCGACUGUGGCCGGCGGUCCCAUGGAAGGCUCGCCCGUGCGUGGAGCCAAGUCGAUCGGCGCCGCCGGUGGUUCGCAGCACGGCUCGCCGCCCGCGCGUCGCAAGUCGCUCGCGCACGUCCUUCUGCCUCUGCGAUCGGGCGCUCGCCUGCAGGCGCAGAUGGAAGACGCGCAGCUCAGCUCGCCAACCUACGAGACGCACAGCGAAAAGAGCGCCGAGCAUGCCGAGAUCGCCAUGCCUGCAGUGCCGGAGCCGACCGCACUGGCAUCGAUGCCCGUGAUUGGCGCGUCUGCGACGAGCCCGCGCGACAUUGCACCAUGGGCGAUCGCGCCUGGCAAGAGCGUGGAUCUGCCUUCGUCGGCUCGGCCGGUGUUGUUCGCACUCCCUUCGAGCCGCAAGUCGCGGAUGUCGGCGACUACGAGCACCACAGUGGUGGCGAGCCCGCUGGCGCCUGUGUCUGCGGGCGCCAAGCGCACGUACGAGGAGUCGCCGUCGCUCUCGCUGCGGGAGCGCCUGUGGAUCGCCGUGCAGCGCGGCACGGGUUUUGCGGUGGGAACCGAGCGUGUGCUCGACGCGCGCGUACGUAGGGCGCAGCAGAUGAAGGCGCUGCGUAUCAUGGCGCUCAACACGCUCGCCACCGUGGUGGUCAUGGUGAUUGUGGUCGCCGUCCCCUGA